CCGUCACGGCAGAGCCUUCCCUCAAGUGGGCAACGCAGUAGGGGGAAAGGGUGGCGCGAGGUGCAUUGUGGGCCAGAGGAGAGGUGGGGUCGUUUUUGGGGAGCCAUGGACAACGGCCGCGAUGCGCCAGGGAAAGCCAGCCGGUGGUUUGGAGUCACAAUGCCCAAAUCGAUGAAGACCAACGUGAACAUUCUCCAUCAGGAGAAGCUCAUUGCCCAGAAGAAGCGCGAGAUUGAGGCCAAGAUGGCCAAACGUCAGCAACCGACCAGUCAGCAGUCAGCACAGAACAGCGAUGACGACAGCGGAGACAGCGAAGGCUGCGCUUCCAAUAAAUUUGCCAAUGACGGGAGCUUCCUCCAACAGUUCCUCAAGCUGCAGAAGGAGAAAUCUGGUAGCAAUGCUUCUUCCAGCUCUGCUGAAGCCUCAACAGUGAACUCCCCAGCUACUGGCCCCAUGAAAAAGCCCACUGUGUCCGGGAAGCGCCCCACCUUGAAUGUCAGCAGUAUGCUGAGCCAAGUCAAGAACUACACUCAUUCCAAGCAGACCCCCGUGACCAACCGCCUGAGCGUCUUUCAGUUACCAGACGAGGAGGACGAGGACGACUACGAGCAGUGGCUGGAGAUCAAAAUUUUACCCCCAGAGGAUCUGAAGACCCGCCGAGUCGUGGAGAAGCUGGCCAGGGUAGUGGCUGAAGGGGGACCGGAUCUGGAGAAGGUUGCGCUGGAAGACUGCAAGGAUAACCCGACGUUUGCAUUUUUGCACGAUAAGAACAGCAGGGAGUUUCUGUAUUACCGAAAGAAACUGGCUGAGAUGUGGAAGAAGGGCCAAGGUGUGGAGGGGACCUCUUCUCAGAAAGUUUCACCCCCAGAGGAUGAAGAUAUCAAGGACUGCGCUGAGAAGCUGGCCAGGUUCGUGGCGGAUGGGGGCCCCGUAGUUGAAAUGGUUGCCUUGAAGAACCACCGAGAGAACCAGUCCUUCAGGUUUUUGUAUGAGCCCAACAGCCCCGGCUACAAGUAUUACCGUCAGAAGCUGGAGGAGUUCCGGAAAGCCAACAACGAUGCUGAGGGCAUGCCUCCGGUACCAGAGGCCAACCUGAAGCGCAAAGCUGCCCCCGAGGUAGGGCCAUGCUCCUCUGCAGCACCGGCAGCCUUGUUAGCCAAACCGGCAGCAGCUGCAUUGAAGAAGAAGCGGAAAAGCCGGUGGGGCCCGGAAGAAGAGAAGGUCGACCUGCCCCCACCAGAGCUGGCGCAGACAGAAGACCAGUCGCCCACUCCGUUGUCAGUCCUGGAACUCCAGGGCCUCGGCUACGAGAAGGGGAGGCCGGUUGGCUUGGUGGGUGUAACGGAGCUCUCCGAUGCGCAGAAGAAACAGCUGAAGGAGCAACGAGAGAUGCAACAGAUGUACGCCAUGAUCGUGAAGCACAAGCAGGCUGUGCAGGAGAUGCAGGCCAUGUGGGAGAAGACGGUCAGGGACCACCAGCACGGCUACGACAGCGAUGAGGAGGUGGACUCGGAGCUCGGCACGUGGGAGCACCAGCUGCGGCGCAUGGAGAUGGACAAGACGCGUGAGUGGGCUGAGCAGCUGACUCAGAUGGGCCGGGGGAAGCACUUCAUUGGAGAUUUCCUGCCACCAGACGAGCUGGAGAAGUUCAUGGAGACCUUUAAAGCACUGAAGGAGGGCCGUGAGCCUGACUAUUCAGAAUACAAGGAGUUCAAGCUGACAGUGGAGAACAUCGGCUACCAGAUGCUGAUGAAAAUGGGCUGGAAGGAAGGGGACGGUCUCGGGUCGGAUGGCCAAGGCAUCAAGAACCCCGUCAACAAGGGAGUGACGGCCGUGGACGGGGCUGGAUUUGGCAUUGACCGUCCUGCUGACCUGAGCAAAGAGGACGACGAGUAUGAAGCAUUCCGCAAGAGGAUGAUGCUGGCCUACAGGUUCCGGCCCAACCCCCUGAACAACCCCAGACGUCCUUACUAUUGACUUGGCGCUGCUCUUUUCCCCUCUGAGCGGUGGUUUGUUUGUACUGUGAGAUGUUAACGAAGUAAAUCUCUUCCUCCUGCAUCCCUUUUCUUUCGUGUUAAAAAAUGUUCUGUUUUAAUAUAUAUCCCAAGCCCCGUCUUGCCUCCCAGCCAAGAGUGUCAGACCUGAUUUUAGUGGGGUGGAUUUGGUUUAGGAUUUUUUUUAAAAAAAUUUUUUUGUCUAAUGAGCUUACCUGAGGUAGGAGAGGGGGCAAGACCGGAACCUCAGAUGAAUCCAGAGAAAGAGGAAAGGGACAGACGGCCACCCCAGAUACUUCCCGGACUUGAGUGUGGAUGAACAUCUGUGGCCAUAUGAGUGUGGUGGACUGGGUGGAAAUUCAGCAAGACCAGGUGGCAGGAAUACAAUCCCCGAGUCUUGCAGGCUCCUUUGAGAUGCUUAGUUUUAUCCAGUACGAAAAAAGAUCCUUCAGGGGCCAAGGAAGUGCCAAAAGACUGUUGAAAUGGCCACUUCCUUUGUCGGAGGAGGACAGUCACCCUUUUCUCACCCCCUCCCCAGGAGAAAUAAAUUUCAAUCCAGCAAUUGGAACUGAACAGCACCCAGGAUCCUGUGGCUGAGUCCCUGUGUCUGUCCUGUUUGACCACAAGGGGUUGGGUUCCUUCCUCAAACAGCAGUGGAAAACCUUCCUCUCUUUCUCCCAGAAACUUUCUCCCAGCAGCAAGACACAGUAUUCGGUUGAUAUCCUGCCCCCUUCUCUGCCCCAAAAGUACAAAGCAAAUUGUGCCACUUUUAGUCAUUUUUUUUCAGGGCAGUUGUUUUCCUUUGUUUAAUCCUGCAGAGUUGUAGAGUUGACGCUUUUGUCUUGGCAACUGAAUAAAGCUGCAAAAAGCU